AUGGAGGGCCUCAUAACUUAUGAUGAGGAUGGGAGUGUUAGGUUGCUGCCCGGCUACCAGUUUGAUCCUGAUGAUGAGGUUCUUGUGGAUUUCUACUUGAAGAGGAGGGCAUUUUCUCAACCUCUUCCUGUUCAAAUAAUCCCAGAAUAUGACGUGUUUCAGAGUGAGCCUUGGAGGCUACCUGGAGAUGGGAAAAAUUUUAAUGAACGAAAAUGCUUCUUCUACAAUACCAUGGGUCUUAACCUUGAAAUCCUUGACAUGAGAUUCGCAGGGAGUGGUCGAUGGAGGAUUGUGGAGAAAGGAAAUGAUAUUUCUAUCCCUCGAAACAACUGCUUCAUUGGAAAAAGGAACACCUUGAUUUUCUGGGAGGUGCAAGGAGCUUUUUCUAGGAGGACCAAAUGGGUGAUGCAUGAGUUCCGCCUUGCGUUAGUAGCUAACCCAUCUAAGAUGUCGAACUGGGCUGUGUAUCGUAUAUAUAUGAACAAAGAAGAAGAAACAGUGAAGAAUGCAAGAGGUUCGAAUGGGAAGAGUUCCAACAUUGGCGAAUAUGCUACGAGUGACGAGGUCAUUGAUUUCAAUGAGGAAAGUGGGGUUCAGCAUAUCCUUAGAGAGGGGAAUGAGGAGGCCGAUUUUCUGGCAAAGAGUGGGAGAGAUGGGAGGUUAGCACUCUGGCAGUUUGCUGGUGUACGUGAAGAUUUUGAUGAUGCCUUAAACAUAUAA